CUCUUCACCAGCAAGCAAACUUCCCUCUUCGUUUAUUAAGGACACUACCUAUUUCGUCCCUCUCCACCGUCUCCACCCAAAAAUAAGCUAAACAUGAAGUUGACCAGUUGCAUCUUGGCUUUGAUGGCAGUUGCCGCAGCUGAAGCAGGCUGCAGAAGGAUGAAGUUGAAUGGCGAUCCACUUGUUGUUGCAACAUUCACCGACACUGCUUGUUACAACAAGAACUACGGAAGAAGGUCGAGGAACCGUGGUGCGUGCAUCAACAUUAAGAACAGCAAGUCCUUCAUCUUUGAGUCGGCUUUGAAUCUCCGCAACGAGCACUUGUGCAGAAUUAGACUUUACAGCGAUAAUGGCUGCAAGAACCAGUUUGGAACAUCUCUUGGACACUGGAUGAAGGAAACUGUGUCCAAACCAAUUGGAAGCAUCCGUGUUUCAUGCAGAGGCGAGCCUUACUUUUAAAGACCUGUUCUUUUUUCUUAUACCAAAGAAACUUUUAAACUAAAAUGUCUAUUGGGUAAUAAACUUCCUCUAAGAGCCGGU